GUCAUCUCCUGUACUGUGUCCGCAGUCUCUGGUCAUCUCCUGUACUGUGUCCGCAGUCUCUGGUCAUCUCCUGUACUGUGUCCGCAGUCUCUGGUCAUCUCCUGUACUAUGUCCAUAGUCUCUGGUCAUCUCCUGUACUAUGUCCGCAGUCUCUGGUCAUCUCCUGUACUAUGUCCGCAGUCUCUGGUCAUCUCCUGUAUUAUGUCUGCAGUCUCCGGUCAUCUCCUGUACUAUGUCCGCAGUCUCGGUCAUCUCCUGUACUAUGUCCGCAGUCUCCGGUCAUCUCCUGUACUGUGUCCGCAGUCUCUGGUCAUCUCCUGUACUGUGUCCUCUGUCUCUGGUCAUCUCUGUACAGUGUCCGCAGUCUCCGGUCAUCUCCUGUACUAUGUCCGCAGUCUCUGGUCAUCCCCUGAACUGUGUCCGCAGUCUCCGGUCAUCUCCUGUACUGUGUCCGCAGUCUCUGGUCAUCUCCUGUAUUAUGUCUGCAGUCCAUUGGUUCAGAAUAUUUUUUUCCCGUUUUCUGCCUCU